UUAGAGCGGAGGGGCGGGGCGGAGGCUCAGUUCCGGGCUACGCACACGCGCUGCGGGGCCGGGUGCGGGUCUGGGGAGAUGCAGCCACCUCCGCGCAAGGGGAAGCUGAGCCAGGUGGUGAAGCUCCAUUUUGCUGAGCAGCUGUGUGGGCUACAGAGCAAGCAGCAGCGUGAUGCCGAGCUGCUGGAGGACAUCAGGUCCUACAGCAAGCAGAGGGCUGCGAUUGAGCGGGAGUACGGGCAGGCACUGCAGAGGCUGGCAAGCCAGUUUGUGAAGAGAGACUGGCAGCGGGGCCGCAGCGAUGCUGGAGACUCGAGGAGUGUCUUUGCUGUCUGGAAGGGCAUUAUUGAGGGGACGGCAUACACAGGGCAGGCACGUGUCAGUGCCUCUGAAAGCUACCGCAGCCUUGCUGCUGAGGCCAUCAAGAGCUCCCGGCUGUCCAAGGAGAGGAUGCUCAAGAAGAGCAUGGAGCAGCUGCAGAAGGCGCAGGCAGAGCUGCUGGAAACGGUGAAGGAGCUAGAUAAAGCAAAGAAGCAGUUCAGCCACCUGCAGCGCAGCAGCGAGGUGGCCAAGGAUAAGGCUGCCGACGUGGAGGCACGACUACGUAAGAGUGACCGGAGGAUUUUCCACACCAAGGCCAGCCUGCAGAAACUCAGUGCCAAGUUCUCCAUGCAGAUGGCGGAGUACUCAAAGCAGCGGGCAGGGGUGCAGAAUGAGUACGUGCUGACAUUGGUGUCUGCCAAUGCCCACCUGGAGCACUAUUACCAUGUGGAGCUGCCUGCCAUCAUGCAGGCUCUGGAUGGGGACCUGUAUGAGCGGCUACGUGACCACCUGAGCACGGCUGGCCGGGCAGAGGUGGAGAGCUGUGAGAUCACACAGGAUUGGUUCCAGCGCAUCUCGGAGGCGGCCGCACGGGUGUGCCGGGAGCAGGACCUCCUCCUCUUCCUGCAGGACCACACCGCCUUCAUGCUGGUGCCUGAGCAGCGCUUCCAGCUUGAUGGCAUCCAGGAGGUGUCCCUGCUGCAGCCGGAGGAUGGCGGAGCCAGCCUGGAGAAGGAGGCACGGCGCUGGGCCAUGCGUGCAACACGAGACAGCAAGAACAAGGCACAUGGCGAGGAGGUGCUGCAGAGGCUUGAGGCCAGGAGGCACCAGGUCCCCGAGGCAGAGGUGGCCGCUGUGGAGCGGCAGAUGGAGGAAGUGCGAGAAAACAUCUGGAAGGCAGAGGUUGGCAGGGCGAAGGCAGAGGCACGGCUGGCACUGCUGCGUACAGCAGGGCUGGAUGUGGAUUCUUGGCUGGCCGGGGCUGUGCGGGCAGGUGGGGAGGUCCCACGCACCCCCAGCACAGAGGCACCCACAGGGCUGGACCCCACUGAGUUCGAUGACUAUGACAGCGAUGAGACGUUUGAGGAGGCUGAGCCUGGGCAUGCUGCUCGCACCUACCCCUACACUUGUCGGGUCAUCUUUGGGUACCAGGGCUGCCAUGCAGAUGAGCUAUCCAUCGCACAGGGAGAGGAGCUGGAAGUUAUCGAGGAUGGCGAUAUGGAGGAGUGGGUGAAGGCUCGGAACAAGGCAGGGCAGGUCGGCUAUGUCCCUGAGAAGUACCUGCUGUGCCUGAGCUGUGUGGGCAGUGAGCCGGGCUCAGCUGCCAUCACUGGAACCACAGGACCUUCGGGGGCAGCCCUGCAGCGACAGCUCUCCAGCAUUAUGGCUGCGGAGCUGGUCCUGGAGCCUGGAGCUUGGCUGGUGCGAGCCCUGUACGACUAUGAGGGGCAGAGCCCCGAGGAGCUGAGUUUCCCUGAGGGAGCCAUCAUCCGCGUGCUGCCUCGUGCUGAGGAUGAGGUGGAUGAUGGCUUCUGGACUGGAGAUUUUGAUGGCAGAGUUGGUGUCUUCCCCUCGCUGGUAGUGGAGGAACUGACUGGGGCACGGGGCACGGCUGGGCAGGUUAGUGGUGGUGGUGGUGGUGGUGGUGGUGAUGUCUGGGGGGUUCUGUGCUCUGCCCACCCACCACACUGUGUGUCCCUGUGUCUGCAGGAACUUCCCUCACCAUCCCCACCACCUUUCUCCCCUCCUGGCCUUGCACUCAGUGCCAGUCUGGGUUCCGGCCCUGAACCACUGCUGGAAGGUGAGUGCCAGGGGGGUGGCCUUGGGGGCACUAAGAGCCUGUCUGAGCCUUCUGUGGAUCUAGCCUGCAGGCAGGAGGGCAUAAGCAGCGGGCAGAGCUCUCCAGACCUGGCAGCCAACCGCAUCCGUCCCCUCCGCGCACCACCCCCACCUCCUGGCCGAGCCCCCGACCUGGAGCAGGACCUCAGCUGACCCUGGGUUGCCCAGGCUGCAAAAUCUUUGCCCAUCCGCACAUGCCCCUCACCCCUGGGCUAUCUAUUCCCAGUGGUGCAGAGGGGAGCAGGACGCAUGGCACAACCUGCUACUCCUUGAGCUGGUCUCCUUGGGGGCCACAUCCUGCCCAGCACUGCUCGUGGGGCACUGCUGCACAGUGUGGGGCAGCCACGUCCCUGCCUCUGCCUCUCGUCCGUAGCAUCACUUCCCUGGGGCCUCUUCUUCUCCCCAUGCUGUGGCUGCACCGUGUCCAGCAUGGGCACAGAGUGGCCAUGCCCCUAUUAAAACCAGUUCACCCCA